AUGGCUGUGCCGAAAAAAAGGAGAAGUCUUAGCAAGUGCAGAAAAAGAAGGAAUACAAUUUUUUUUGAUAAAUUAGUAGGAAACUGGCUAAAAAGGAGAGAAUGGUUUUUCCGGAAUUCGUAUCAGAAAGAAAUUUUACCUUCUGAGCAGGAGCCGCAUAUAUUUAAAUUCCCUGGUUUCUGGCCGAACAAAUUUGUUCAUCAGAUAUCGUCAAAAAUUAAAAAAAUUGUCAAGUAG